AUGUCCUCCUACACAAUCACCGACCGCCUCCCCCUCCCCAACUCCAGCCUGCGCAUCCCGCGCCUGGGCUUCGGCGUCUACAAGUCGCCGGUCCACCAAUGCGUGACCUCGUGCCACAAGGCGCUGGACGCGGGCUACCGGCACAUCGACACAGCGCAGUUCUACGGCAACGAGGACGAAGUCGGCGAAGCCCUGCGCACCUCCAAUAUCCCACGCAGCGAGGUCUUCGUCACCACCAAGAUCCUCAGUCCGGCGGGCUCGCCCGAGGCGACCUACGAUAAACUGCUGGCGAGCGUGGAGAAGAUCGGAGGCCUCGGCGGAUACGUCGAUCUGUUUCUGAUUCAUAGCUCCAAAUCGGGGUCUGCGGGGCGCAAGCAGCUGUGGCAGGCAUUGGAGAAGUUGUUGGAGGAAGGAAAGACUAAGAGUAUUGGCGUCAGUAAUUUCGGGGUCCAACAUAUCGAGGAGAUGCGGUCGUAUGCCAAGGUCUGGCCGCCACAUGUGAAUCAAAUUGAGCUCCACCCAUGGUGCCAGCAACGAGCCAUUGAUCAAUACUGCAAGCAGCACGGGAUCGUCGUCGAGGCCUACUCGCCCAUCGUGCGCAACUAUAAAGCCAACGACCCGACGCUGGUCGAGGUGUCGAAGAAAUAUAACCGCGCAACACAGCAGGUGCUGAUCCGCUACGCACUGCAGAAGGGCUGGGUGCCGCUGCCCAAGACGGACGACCCAGGCCGCAUCGUCUCGAACGCGGAUGUCUUCGAUUUCAACAUCAGCCAGGAGGAUAUGGUGAUCUUGGAUUCGCUCGACCAGGGCAGCGCGGGAGCCAUUGUGGAGGCGGUGGUCAACGAGUGA